GGUGCCAAGGGCCUCAUCAUUUUCUCCUGGCUUCCUUAAAAGCUUUGGGAACACAAGCCCCUGCGGCUUCUCAGUGAUUCAUCUGGAUGCCAAAGCUGGGAAUCAGGCUCUCCUGCUGUCUGGAACAGAUACAAGGUGGACACAGUUUACUCCUCACUACAAUCAUUCCCAACUUCCAGUUUAAAGAUGCCGCCUUACCCACGGCUCGUUUCCCGUCAAAAUACGUGUGCAAUGUUUUACACUCAACUACAAAUCUGGAAAAAUGAUCCAAGAGGGGUUCAUUUAGUGGAAGUUUACUAUCCCCAAAUGGUCCCCAGGCACCUCCUAGUAAGAGUUCAGAAACUUCCCUCUUCCAGACUCCGCAGCAGGUCAAGGGUUGUUCUGGAGCACCGCCCAUUCCAGACCCAAGGUCCUUUUCCGUUUCCUCCCGGUGCGGGCUCUGUCCAGAUCUCCGGACUUCUAUAGAGAAGCCAAACUGGCUCCGUGCAAGGCCAGUUGCUGUAGAUGCAAGCAACCUGUGAACUCAGGCCAACUCCUAGAGACUUUACAGAAGGCAAAGGCUUACCAGGACACACAGAGGCUGUGGCCAACUGCCCAGGGGGCGGAGACUACUCUCUGCUCUCAGUUGCCCUUCAGGUUCUGCGCCCUGGGGACCUGGCAGUAGCAGAAUCAUGUGGGCACCUGAAUCCACUUUGACACAUGGCCCUUUGGCUCUCCAAAGCAGUGUCUCUUCAUGGUCCAUGCUGGUGAGGUCCUUAAGAGCACAGAAGCCCAUGUCAGCAGAUAACCAGCCUACCGGAGGCCAAGAGGUGUUCUGGAUGGAUGGCAGCUGGAAGCCCAUCUCCAUAGCCAGCUCAGCUUCAACACUGAAGCAUUUACCUGGGCAUUAAGUAAUGAAAAUUUUGAAACCAUAUAUGAGGAAUACAUCCAUCUCGUGCUACUUGUGUUUCCUUCUGAACAGUCACUUUUUAACUGAGGCUGGCAUUCAUGUCUUCAUUUUGGGCUGUGUCAGUGUAGGUCUCCCUAAAACAGAGGCCAACUGGAUAGAUGUAAGAUAUGACCUGGAGAAAAUCGAAAGUCUUAUUCAAUCUAUCCAUAUUGACACUACUUUAUACACUGACAGUGACUUUCAUCCCAGUUGCAAAGUUACUGCAAUGAACUGCUUUCUCCUGGAAUUACAGGUUAUUUUACACGAGUACAGUAACAUGACUCUUAGUGAAACAGUAAGAAACGUGCUCUACCUUGCCAACAGCACUCUGUCUUCUAACAAGAAUGUAGCAGAAUCUGGCUGCAAGGAAUGUGAGGAGCUGGAGGAGAAAACCUUCACAGAGUUUUUGCAGAACUUUAUACGGAUUGUCCAAAUGUUCAUCAACACGUCCUGAGUGAGGCAGGCCUCGUCAGUGUUUCUGUUAUGAAGACACCACCGCCUGCUGCUCAGAGGCAGCGCAGCUCCGUGCAUUUGUGAUCUGCUGGGAAAACAAAGCUUCCUAACAAGGAGCUGAUAAGCCACUUGGAUCACAUGAACUCUCAGAAAUGAAGAGAGGAAGAGAGCUCCUCUCGGACUUAUGUUUGCUUGCUUAUUUUUAAUUUAUUACUUCAGUUGUACAUAUUUGUAAUAUAACAGAAGAUGUGGAAUAAACUUGUAUGCCUAUUUUAUCAAUUGACAUUUAAA